AUGAAGUCGGUACCCUCUUUUGCUGUCCUACUUUCCGCCAAUGCCAUUGCCGCCCCGUUGUCAUUCACCGAAUCCCGCGGACGUGCUUCCGUCGAACCGUUUGAGGUGCGCGCCAUCGCAGGCAAGGGAUUUGGAGCCAUUGCUACCCAAUUCAUUCCCAAGACAACUACCAUUCUGCUUGACUCUCCUCGGAUUAUUGCAUCCGCUCAGUUUCCGUCAUACCUGUCGCACGGCCAGGGUGCGGAGCUAUUCAACCAUGCUCUACGGCAGUUACCGGACGUUGAUCGCAAGCUUGUGCUGAGUCUUGACAAGAGUCUUGGAGGUUCUGACAUUGAGGACGUCAUGAAGACCAAUGCGUUUGCAUGCCAGCUACAUGAUGGCGGACAAGACGACUCGUACAUGUGUCUCUUCCCGUCCGUGGCGAGGAUCAAUCACGCUUGUCGUCCAAAUGCACAUGCCAGGUUCAUUCCAACGUCACUGGUGAUGGAAAUCAAAGCGCUGCAAGAUAUCAAGCCUGGCGAAGAGAUCGGCAUCAGCUAUGGUAGGGUCGAUCUCCCUCAUGCCGAGAGACAGAAACUCUACAAGGAAGGCUGGAACUUUGGAUGCACCUGCGACAUGUGUACAGACUCAAAGUAUGCCAUUGCAGGCAGCGAUCAGCGCCGAGCGAGAUUUGCGCAAGUGCGCAAGAAGCUGGAAAAUCUCACGCCCGAGACAUAUAAUGCGCAGCAAAUCGUUAGUUGGGAACAGGAGGUCAUGGAACUUAGUUCCAAGGAGGGUUUAGAUGUGCUCCUCGCGGCGGAUUACGAGAGACUUGCGUACGUGUACGCCAGUCAUGGGAUGGUAAAGGAGGCAAAAAUGUGGGCCGGAAAGGCAAUGGAGAGUUUGCUAGAAUGGAAGGUCGUUGACGGAGGGCCACGUAAUGAAGUCCGCAGGAUCGAAGAGCUAUUACUCGAGUUGGGAGGCUGA